AUGGCGUUUGCUGAAAUCCCCAAUGGCCAUUGUGUACUGUUCUUGCUGAUUUGGCAAUAUGACGGUGGACACAGAGAUAGUAUCGUGCACGAUAUCUGGUGUGUUGCGAGUCCCCUCGUAGAUGUUUCAAGGAUGGUAGUACCUUAUUCUCUUGCCGCUCUCGCAUUCUACCGCUACCGGGUUCUCAUCAACCCAGUCGAAAGACCACGCACAUACAGGAAAUUAAAGAUUCUGAUCUUUUCCUGUUUAUGGCUUGUUCCUGCUGCUGUCUUUGUGCCCAUAUUCAUCCGAAACAGGUUCGUAGGUGGCCAUUGUGAAUUGCAUCCUGUUGGGAAUGUCUAUGCCUAUUCUCUCGUGUUAUUCACCCUGAAUUAUGUCCUACCCUACUUGGUCAUGCUAGCAUCUUACGGAGCUGUAGCUUGGAACCUACGACAGCCAAUCGGUCAAAAGCCGGCAGCUCAGACAUCGAUCAUCCCUUCUUCAGCUGCUGCAAUUGAACUUCUUACUCUUACAAACGACAGGGAAGAAGAAAGAACACUG